AUGUCCUCCUUCCAGCUCAACCUCAGUUCACUCAAGGAGCCACUGGGCUUCAUCAAGGUUCUUGAGAAGAUUGCUUAUAUCUUUGCUUUUGCCACCUGUGGAGGUUUUGAGGGCAAAACAGAAAUUCUAGCGAGAUUUUUGACUAUAAAGAUCUUGACAAUAAAACAGAGCUGCUUUUUUGGUGAUCCAGUCAUGUUGGAUCAGGCAUCAUUUCAGGCACUUCCCAGUGUAAAUGCAUAUGGUGUAGAGUGGAAAAAACAUGUCCUUAUUAGUGAUUACUCUUCUUCUGCACAAUCCUGUGUUAACAUUUGUAGUCUUUAUCUUCUAGCAGAUGUUGGACGCCCCUGCUACCGCAUUGCUGCUCUUCUGCUCUGUGUUGGUUACGUAAACCUGUAUUGGGGUAAUCAAAAACCUCCCAUGAUUGACUUUGUUGUUACUCUUGUAGCCAUUUUCUUGUGGCUGGUAAGCACUUCAGCCUGGGCUAAAGCUCUUACAGAUAUUAAAAUAGCUGUUGGUUGCAAUAUUGUCCAGGAACUUGCACCCUGUAAUUCUCAAGAAGUAAUGUGUUAUUUUGGCUCUGUGACUAGUAUGGGAUCUCUAUAUGUAUCUGUGAUCUUUGGCUUUCUGAAUAUGUUACUUUGGGGAGGAAAUGCAUGGUUUGUGUACAAGGAGAACAGCUUACACAGUCCAUCAAAUACUGCUUCCCAUAACCAAAGAGGUAUUCCACCUCCUACCAGAACAUAA